AUGGCUCAAUCUAAGCAUAUAGACAAAGUUCUUGAUAGGCAUAGUGAUGAAACUAUUGCAAAUAACCGUCUAAGGUUGAAAACAUCUAUUAAUGCUAUUCGAUGGCUUGUAUUUCAAGCAUGUGCAUUUAGAGGCGAUGAUGAAAGUCUUAGAUCUUUGAAUAUGAGAAAUUUUAUUGAGUUAAUUAAGCUUUUAGCUUCCUGUAAUCAGAAUGUUAAUAAUGUUGUCCUUGAAAAUGCUCCAGGAAAUGCUCAAUAUAUAUCUCCCGGUGUUCAAAAAGAUAUAUUGCAUAUCUUUGCUAGAAAAGUGCGUGCAACAAUUCAAGAAGAAAUUGAAAUUUCAUCUGUUCUCUCUCGUCAUAAUCUUGAUGUUCAAAAUCUUAGGGGACAAGGGUACGAUGGAGCUAGUAAUAUGCGUGGUGAAUGGAAUGGAUUGCAAGCUCUAUUUUUGAAAGAUUGCCCUUUUACUUAUUACAUUCAUUGUCUUGCUCAUCGAUUACAAUUAGCACUUGUUUCUGUAGCCAAAGAAUUAAGGGUUGCUCAAGUAAAUAAUGUUGCAAACUUAAUUGCCAAUGAUCAAAUUGUGAUAGUUCUUGAAAAAAGCACCGAAGAAGGUAAUUUUUUCCCUCAUGGUGAUGCUAGUGCUGCUUAUGAUGCUAUCACAUCCUUUGAAUUUGUCUUUGUUUUGCAUUUGAUGAGAAAUAUUUUGGAAAUUAGUCAUGAUCUUUGUCAAGCCUUGCAACGAAAAAAUCAAGACAUAUUGAAUGCUUUAACUCUGGUUUCUACUACGAAGACUUUAAUCCAAAGAAUGAGAGAAUCAAGUUGGGAGGCUUUCAUAAAAGAAGUUAUAUUAUUUUGUGAGAAACAUGAAGUUGAAGUUCCUUAUAUGGAUGCAUUGUAUAUUCCUAGAAGAGGCCAAACUCGCAAAAUUGUUGAUCAAAUUUCAGUAGAGCAUCAUUACCGUGUUAAUUUAUUUCUGGUUGUAAUUGAUACACAAUUGCAAGAGCUUAAUGGAGAUUCAAUGAUAAUAUGGUGGAAUUGCUUACUUUAA